AUGAUCAGUGUCCAGUUGUAUCCGUCGGUUGGAGUGACUGUUGGGAAAGGGGGAAACCAAAGGUUUGAUGUUCAAGGCAAGUACCCCCUCAUCUGGAACGGCCACCAGGAUUGGCAAUGCAGCUUGGCUGGCUGCCGCAGCUCCCUCACCUUGCUGCACACACACAAGGGCUUCUUUCAAGCCCUAGUGGAAGAUUGGGCAAGUAAGGCUCGACCUGAUAUUCUUCGCUUUGUGCCCUAUACGUGGCACCUGAACAUCGUGCUUACUGAAUUUGAGCUCAUCACACUGGCCAAUGAGUACAACUGGGUGGACUGCGCUCAUCAGGAAAAUGCCCGAGUGGCAUUCUGUGGCGAUGUGUUUGACUUGUCCUUUGACCUUCCCUUCGUGGAUUUCCUGCCCCCUCAGCUGGGACUCAAAUUUUGGAUUCAGGCGGAAAGCGUGUCCAUGUUGGCCUUUCUACCUGAGGGGGAUCCUCAUCGUGAACUGCUCCUGCUGCUAGACCGCAGUGCCUUGGUUACGGAUCGAAUGGGAGCUCCCAGACCAGAGCAGCCACCGGACAAGAAAUGGCACUUUGUAACCCAGCCCAGGUGA